CGUUCUUUUCAGGUGAGAGUUUGAAUGUAUUUUCCCUGCUAAUGUUCUAACUUGUCAAAUUACAACGCGCAGAUAAAGCGUUUAAUGGCAACAGACGUGGUUAGCAGUUUAAAUGCUAACGCUGGCGUGAGCUAGUUGAUAGCAAAGCGUUGGUAGUAUAUUGCUCAGCAAGGCGAUGCUCGCAGCUCUGAGGCGCAUUCUUCCCACUCCCCACUCCUGCCACGUGGCGUUCCCUCUGUACAUCAGUCCCUUUCAAACAGGCCCGAUCGCUGCUUUUCACAGAAGUAGUGCCAAAGCCAGUCCUGAGCCAGAAAAACGCGCUUCAGAAUUGGAGUCGUUGGGCAUGGGCAUGUGGUCUCUGGGUCUGGGGGCUGUAGGCGCCGCCCUCGCUGGCAUCUUCUUGGUCAACUCCAGUUUGACACUCCCCAAAGUAGGCCAAGCCUCGCUUGAACAUCUUGCCGAUGCCGACCUGCUCUCCACUGUUGACGAUGGCAAGGUCAUCAAAGCAAAGACUCUGUGGGAAAAGAACGGCGCCGUCAUCAUGGCCGUGCGGCGGCCCGGAUGAUUUUUGUGCAGAGAGGAGGCUUCUGAGCUGUCCUCUCUGAAGCCCCAGCUGGAAGAGCUUGGGGUCCCUCUGGUGGCCGUGGUGAAGGAGCGUGUCGGCACAGAGAUCCAGGACUUCCAACCGCACUUCGCUGGGGACAUAUACAUCGACCAGAAGAAACAUUUCUACGGUGCAAAAAUGGGCGCUUUGGGGCUCCUGCGCUUUGGAGUGUUGCAGAACUUCAUGCGGGCCUGGAGCGCCGGUUACCAGGGGAACAUGUUGGGAGAAGGCUUCAUUCUGGGGGGUGUCUUUGUCAUCGGUGCGGGAGAUCAGGGAGUCCUGCUGGAGCACCGCGAGAAGGAGUUCGGCAACAAAGUGGACAUGGCGGAGGUUCUCCAAGCAGCCAGGAAAAUAUUACCUCGCAAAUAAGUAUAUUAGAGAACUGAGAUUAGAAAAUAGUCCAGGGAGAAUGUACUUAUAAAUGCACUGUUUAUUAUGGUCAGACAAAAAAAGCUGUGUACAAUUGACUAGAAUUGGUAAUAUGUUACCUCACUUUAAAGCUAGACGGGUAUGAAGAAACUAGAUUUCGCACCUCAGCUUUGUUGACGAACUCUAUGUGAUACUAAUUUGUCGCCGACACCAACGCACCAGCUGGCCUCACUUAUGAUUGAUUUGCGUGCCGUUGUGUGAUUGCACGUGUAACAAUGAUGACUUGGCUCUGUCAGCUCUGCAAGGAGUGGAGUAAGUCUGAUGAUUCAACACGUGCUUUCAACAAACGCCACCACGUUAGUCAUCUGGUGGUCCUCUUGAGUGUUUGUGUUGGAAAUAAGUGUGUGCUUGAAUAUGUGAAUUAAUAAAUGGAUAACAACCGUAAAACCUUUCGAUAUGCAAUACGUAUACCUUUUUCUAUCUCUUGAAGUGACUAAUUACAAAACUUAUUUAAUAUAAACAUAUUGCAAUGUCAUUGACAACAAUUGACGUCAGGCUGCCAGCCCUCUUUGUCCAGGUGGAAUAGAUGUUUAUCAU